AAUCAAUCGCACCGGGACACUGCGGGAGGAGCGGGAGGCAGACAGAAACAGUUCAGAGCCGCUCUCCACCCACAGAGAGCGUGAGAGAGGCGCGGAGCAGUCGCCGGCAGCGGCCAGUAGCGGGUCCGGAGAUGAAGGAGAGAGGCGGGUCGAGGGCGGCGGUGGACGAGCGCUACGCGCAGUGGAAGUCGCUCAUCCCCGUCCUCUAUGACUGGUUUGCGAACCACAACCUCGUCUGGCCGUCCCUGUCCUGCCGAUGGGGCCCUCAGUUUGAACAGGCUACCUAUAAAAAUCGUCAGCGCCUUUACUUAUCAGAGCAGACAGAUGGCAGUGUCCCUAAUACUCUGGUUAUUGCAAAUUGUGAAGUUGUGAAACCAAGGGUUGCUGCAGCAGAACAUAUAUCACAGUUCAAUGAGGAAGCACGAUCACCUUUUGUAAAGAAGUUCAAGACUAUCAUUCAUCCCGGCGAGGUCAACCGAAUCAGGGAGCUUCCGCAGGACAGCAGGAUCAUCGCUACUCAUACUGACAGUCCAGAUGUACUUAUUUGGGAUGUUGACUCCCAGCCAAAUAGACAUGCUGUCCUAGGAGCAAGUGAUUCUCGCCCUGAUUUGAUAUUGAGAGGACACCAGGAAAAUGCUGAGUUUGCCCUUGCCAUGUGUCCAGCAGAACCAUUUGUACUCUCGGGAGGAAAGGACAAGUCUGUUGUCUGGUGGAGCAUCCAAGACCACAUAUCUGGACUUGGAGAUUCCUCAAAAAACGAAUCUUCCCCAGGGGCAUCAGGCAGCAAGCAGUCUGGCAAAACUGCAAACGAUAAGGAUAGUCCUAAAGUUGAUCCUCGAGGUGUAUUCCACGGGCAUGAUAGCACUGUUGAAGAUGUCCAGUUCUGCCCUUCUAGUGCACAGGAGUUCUGCAGCGUAGGUGAUGAUGCUUGUCUUAUUCUUUGGGAUGCUCGGACUGGUACCAGCCCAGCUAUUAAGGUUGAGAAAGCUCAUGGUGGAGACGUUCAUUGUGUUGAUUGGAAUCUCCAUGAUGUUAACUAUAUCUUAACUGGUUCUGCUGAUAACUCUGUCCGUAUGUGGGACCGACGAAAUCUGGGGCCUGGAGGAGCUGGCUCUCCAGUUCACAAAUUUGAUGGCCACAAAGCUGCUGUCCUAUGUGUUCAGUGGUCACCUGACAAAGCAUCUGUUUUCGGAAGCUCUGCGGAAGAUGGUUUCUUAAAUGUGUGGGAUCACGAGAAGGCUGGGAAGAAGAAAAAUCCCAAUUCACCUGCUGGGCUUUUCUUUCAACAUGCAGGUCAUAGGGAUAAGAUUGUAGACUUCCAGUGGAACUCCUCAGAUCCUUGGACCAUUGUGAGUGUUUCUGAUGAUGGUGAGACCACUGGUGGAGGUGGCACUUUGCAGAUAUGGCGUAUGAGUGAUUUGAUCUACCGCCCAGAGGAGGAGGUUCUUUCAGAGCUGGAGAACUUUAAGACUCACUUGGCAAGCUGCACUCCGAGGACUUGAAUGAUGAAGAAGACCAAUCCUGUGAUAACUGUAAUAGGUAUCGUAGUUACCCAUCGAUUCGAAACAUUGAUUCUAUCCUCUGAUGUUAAACCUAGACUUGUACCCUUAAGGUGCUUGUGAGCUUAAGUUAACUUGUUGUAUGACUCAGAUUGGUAUGCUCGUGCAAACACAGCGGAGCUGAAUUUCUCUGUAGGCAGACUAUUGGGGUAUCAGGAAACAUUGUACCGGUAGCUUCUAGUGGACCUAAUGAGAUUGGUUGUAAUGAGUUUGCGUUGGUCAGUUUGUUUGUUGCAAA